CUAAAUAUAUAUAUUUCCAUAUAUGGAUUGGGCGCGGUGCUUCAGCCCCGCCAGAGAAGAACGCCGCCGCAUGCCGCCGCUGCCCACCACCUCCCUCAAGAAAUUCACCUACAAGAAGAUCCGAAAAGCCACCAACAAAUUCAACGCCGCCAACAAAAUCGGGGAAGACACCUACAAGGGCACCCUCCGGAGACGGCGUGCCCCGAACCCGAACCCGGACCGGCGGCACGAGCCGAAGAAGACGGUCCGCGUUGUCGUCCGGAACCUCGGCCGCCGCGGCCUCCUCCUCGCCGACCUCCCGAAAUGCCUCUCCGAGAUCAAGAAGCUCGAAACCCUCUCCCACCCGAACCUCGUCCCGCUCCUCGGGUACUGCGCGGAGCCCGACGGACGGCGGCGGCACCGGGCCCACUGCUUCCUCGUCUUCGACCUGGUCGAAAACGGGUCCGCCCGGGACCGCCUCGUCGCCCCGGACCCCCCGCGCCACAAGCCCGUGGCGUGGGAGCGGAGGAUGAAGAUCGCCCUCCAGGCGGGCCGCGCCCUGGAGCACCUCCACGAGCGCGGCGUGACGUACCGGGCAUUCAGGUCGAGUGCCGUGCUCCUCGACGCCGGGCUCGACGUCCGGCUCGCGUACUCCGUCUUCCCGAAGCUCAACGCGUACAAGACCGCGUCGGAGCUCGCCGCAGAGGCGAGCCCCGACGCGGCUGAGAUGCUGCUCGCGCGGGCCCCGGAGCUCCACACGUCGUACUCGACGACGAAGGAGAACGACGUGUGGGGGUUCGGGACGUUCCUGUGCGAGACGCUGAUGGGGAAGCCGCUGCUGCCGUCGGGGAGGGACGACGGCGGCGGCAGAGACGAGGAGAGGGGCGUUCUCGGGGCGCUGAUGGAGAGGUUUUCGGACCGGAGAAGGCUGGAAGAAAACAUGGAUCCGAGGCUGAGGAGUUACUACGACGCGGCGACGGUGCUGAAGAUAGUGACCAUUGCGGGGAUGUGUUUCCAGAAGCGGCCGGAGGCGCGGCCGUCGAUGAAGCAGAUCAACAAGUUGCUUGAUAAGAUCUGUGAUGAUGAGUCCAAUAAGGUGGAAUACAGGGAUGGUGAUUUCCUAUAUUUUGACCACUGAGUUAAAUUUUUUUAAAUUUACCCCUUGGGUUAUUUUUUAUUUCUUUCUAAUUUUAAAGGUUUUGAACCUAUCCCUACGUCCCUAGAACUGGCGGGAUAGUGUGAUUUUUAAAGAGUGUAUAUAGGACUUCCAAAAAAAAUUAAAAAAAAACAAUGUAUAUAGAGUGGUUUUUUUUUUGUAAAUUAGAGGAAAGGUGCAUCAGAUGAAGGAAAUGACCCUUUUAAGUGGUCUCUUUACUGUUUAUUCGGGUAAUUUUUAUUCAUUUUUUUUCUAUAUUUUUCGUUACUCAUUUGAUAAAAUAACAUAGUCAUGUCACUUCUUGUUUCAUAAAUAAAUUAUUGAUACAAUU